CCAAAGGAACACCGGGUCUCUUACUCUUUUGUUCGCUCCUUCUUUGCGUGUACAAGCGCUUCUCUCAUUCUCCCUUUGCUCAACCGAGCAGAAGUGAAAGUAUCUCUCCACAUAGUUAGAUAAAGAGAGGGAGGUAUCAAGGACAACUGGGGUCUAGUUUAAAAUGGCUGCCCCACCUCACUCAGUCUGGUCAUGGAACAUUGAGGAGGUUGGUAGAUGGCUUUGCUCAAUAAACAUGAGCCAUCUUGUUCACAAGUUUGAAGUUGCUUCAGUCAACGGCGAAGUCCUCUGUAGAAUGGACGAAGGCUAUGUCCCCGCUCUACUCAAAUUAAACCCAGCCGAGAAAACCAUGUUAAUGGGAGCCAUUAAAAGCGUUAAGGACUCUUACAGGAACAACUACCACAUGAGAGGAGGGCUCCCUCCUGAAGCUCCCCCUCACAACAGACCGAGGACUCACUCCGACGAAAAAAAGAAAAAGAAGGCGAGCAAUGCCACUCCCACUGGCGUCGGUCUUGCAACUGGUCCUACCCGUACCUCUAUAGACGACAGUUCUGAUAUUAACGACUUUACCCCGGAGUAUAAGAUUGCCCCUGCCCCUGAGUUACUAGACGACUACUGUCGCCACAGUGGUUGGAUUCGUAAAAGAGGAGGAGGAUACAAAAGCUGGAAGCGAAGAUAUCUUAUCCUAAGACAAGGCUAUGCUUAUUAUUACGAAAAUGAAAUGUCUGCCAAGCCCAAGGGGAGUAUUUACCUCUAUAACUGCAGUGUAGCACCCUGUACUGAUGAGGACAGGAUUAAACAGUUCAAGUGGGUUUUCAAAGUCAAACCAGAUGAUCCCAAGCAGAGAACCUUCUAUGUUACCACAGCUGCUAGACAUGAAAUGGAGAAAUGGAUUUCAUCACUUAAUGAAGAAAUAGAUAGAUUUAAAAUGAAGAUCGGUGAAGAUGAUGAAGACUAUGAGCGUAUAUAUGAUCCAGUGUAUGAGGAAGAUGAGGAGCAAGAUGACGAUGAGAAUGAUCCAGUGUAUGAAGGAGUUGCUGAGGACGAGGAGCCUCCUUACACUCGUAUUCGUGACACAAGCUCCGUCUCCAUCCCUUCCCCUCGGGUUCCUGAUCAUCGUCACUCGCCCACGCAUCGUUCCGCGACUCUAACCUGGCAAAUGACAGACUCUGCUAAACCACGCCCGGGUAAUGCCCACGCCCCCAUGGUCCCUCCUCGUUCCGUUCGCUCACUACUGGACACUGGGACCUUGAGACCAGAGCCUCCUUCCGCAGUAUCUCCGUCACAACUCAUAGAGGCAGAGAACCCGUACCUCAAGAUUGUGGGGAACUCCGAGCUCAUAGCUCCACCCACUAAUCCCAUGGUUGCUGCCUCUCCUCCAUCAGUUCCUCCUCCUUCAACGUACAACCUUCCUUCUCCGCCACACAUGAGUAGCCCCAGUGAAAUGAGCCCAUCAGAAGACUUUAAUCGUCAAGCCGAGAUAGAAGAGGAAGAUCCUUAUUACAUUCGCUUACAAACGAUAGAAGAAGUCUUACCUCAGUACUGCAUAUUUGGUAACAUACCCCGUGAAGAGGCAGAGAGUGGUUUAUUAAGGACCCGUCGACCUGGUACUUACCUUUUAAGAGAUGGGACUCAUAAGAACGCUAAAUAUGUAUUAUCAGUAUUGACUGACAAUGAGCUCAUAAAACAUUACAAGCUAUACCAGAAGGAAGAUCAAACUUUUUGUCUAACAGAAGGAAAACUAUUCCCAUCCCUUCCUCAGCUAAUAGAAUAUUACAAACAAGUUGAGUUACCAAAGACUCCAAACGUUAGGCUCAGCGAACCUUACCAUCCCUUGGAUCAUUAAUAACUUUUAAUAACUGACUCCUCCUCCAUUUGAUAUUAUUUUUUAAUAUCAGUUUUACACGACUCAUAUUUGCAUAAUAGUUUAUGUCCUUUAUUAUUAUUAUUAUUAUUAUUAUUAUUAUUAUUAUUAUUAUUGUUAUUAUUAUUAAUAUUUCUCGAUUUUAUUUUGGCUGUAGUUAUUAUUAAUUUUUUUUAUGAGGUGUCCUCUUAUUUUUUGUGGUCAUAUAAAAUAA